AAAACAAACCGCAUACACGUGAAGAAAAUGUGUUCUUUAUGUUUUGUGAUAUUCGUGUUUUGUUUAUGUUUACCCGGCACAAGCUAAGAACUCAUUUAGGAAUAAACGCCAGAAAACAAACCUCCAUUCCUUCCUUCCUUCUUUAUGUGGCGGUGGAAUUCUGCCUUUAAAAUAAAUUUUAAGGAAUAAAACCUGAAUCUUCUUAGUGCAUAGGCAGAGAUGGGAGGAAGAGGACGUGGUCGCGGACGAGGAUCCAUACCCUUUCGAAGAACAGGCUUCAAUUCGGAUGAUAUUUUACCUCCUUUAAAUCAGCCACCUCCAAUUUACCCACCAUUGCAAUUUAAACCAAUUCCAUUGCUAACGGGAAAGAAAAUUCUUUACACACUGACAUUGAAACAAGAAAUAAGAAGCUCUUUCAAAGAAUCUGGAUAUUAUGUCCCACCUGUGUGUAUGAAGAAAGACAUUGAACGAUAUACUGAUAAAUACCAACAAAUUCAUGCUGCUGAUCAAGUUGCUUGGGACAAGAAACUUUUUCCAAAAGAAUUAUUUGAGCAACCUCCAAAGAAAAAAAAGAAACUUGUAAAACCUAAAAAGAAGGAAGUUGCUAUUGUUGAAAAAUUGGAGGUGCUUGAAGCUAAAGAACAAGCAGGCGAUGUGGAGGAAGAAGAAGAAAAAGAGGAAGAAGGUGAAGAAGGUCUGGAAGAAAAUGAAGAGGAAGUAGAAGAGGAAACUGAUUAUGCUCUGAGUUAUUUUGAUAAUGGAGAAUCCUAUUUGGAUGAAGAUGAUGAUAAUGUGGAUGAAGGUUAUGAAUAAUAAAAUUAAAACUUUAAUUUAUUUCUGUACAUAAUAUUUUUGUAAAUAAACUUUUGCUAUCUAGAA